AUGGAGGUAGAUCACGUGACGUACAUCUUCGGCAGCUUCUCUCGUCGACGUCAGGCUGACGACGUGACUGCUUCCAAGAGGAAGUCUUUGGAUCCAUCCCCCAUUGUGACACAGCAGUGUCGAACUGGAAGGAUAUACGAAUAUGUGAUUGCGUCACGACAAGAUGUUUUGAAACUUGGAAUUCUCAGAAAGGAGUAUUGCUUCACAUUUAAAUUUGUUGCAGUUAGAUGAAGCAGAGCCUCGAUUAUCCAUAACUUACCCGUAUGUCGCAUUGAAAGUCAGAGGCAUUACUUACAAAAAUAAAUAAAUAAGACACCGGUAUGUGUAAUUACUGGACUAAUAGUUUGCCAAAACUGUUAAAUAAAACUUUGUUUUAUUUUAUCUUCGUAAGUAGGUAAUCCUAUGCAGUUUUACUACCAAAAGUAUUUGAAUAUUUUCAGUGUUCCUUAUUAUGAUAAGAAGUUGUUAAUUGAAACCCGAACAAAAUUUAAAUUAAGAGAAAAAUUAACUUAAAAACAAAAACACGAAGCAAACCAAGUUAUGAAUGGAAGUGAACGCGUUGGAUUCAGUAGUCCACAAGCUUUCAAAUUCCAUCACAGCAAAAUGGUUUUAGCUGUGCCGUAAGCCAUUCUUUCUUUGCGUGUUUCCAUAAUUGAUUAACAUUUCAGAUGAUAUUUUAUAAAUGUUAAUUCUUCGGUCGUCCCGAAUACACCGAUAAAUCUGUUCCUUAAGAUCAGUAUAUAUGGCAGUCGGUGUAGUCCGGAAUGCUCUCAUAAAGAACACUCGUCCGCCCUCCUUCGACUCUUCACUAAUUCCUAAACUUUCCUCUAUUCAUGUAGUUAUCGCCAUGCUAGACUCUCAUUUUUCCGUAGUUUCCACACCCCGUGAUCACAAAAUUGCAUCGCAUAUCAUUCUUCUUCUUUGGUACGUUUUGUGCAUGGAAAAGCCAUGUUAAACACGUAAGUUAUUAUGACUAUUCAAAAUGCAUGGAAAAUAAAUCAGGUUCAAGUGAGAGAACGUUUAUAUUCAUAUUGGCCGUAUUUUUCAGGGCUUCCAAUAGUCUUCGUUAUUUAACAAUGCUACAUCUUUAUACGUCAGAUGGUAUUGGUUACAUUAAUAAUAGUGAAGAAUGUAAAAUUAAUUUAAUGAACGGCACUGGAAAUGAAAAAUUAACUUCAGUGCAGGUUUGUUCGCUAAAUUAAAAAUGGAACUCGAAUCUGAGCCCAAAGGAUUUCUCUUGAUAACCAUAUGGCUAUUUUGUACAGACAACGCGAGGUAAUGAGGAACACAAAUUUUGUUACUCAGCCUGUACCUGUGUUUCUUGUGCAAGCGAAAAACUCUGUGUUUGUUUCAAUGGAUGGCACUAUUUCAUUGUGUUUCUAGAUUGGGGAUCACUCGCAUUGGUCGUAAGGCUGAAACUUUCAUAUCACAAGCUAGAACCCCCCUUGGGACAUACUGUCUCAAUAUUCAGCCCUGACAAUGGAAAAAGUAUGUUUCUCCGAAAUGUUGGCAUUUGCCGAUGAGUCUACACUAUACCAAACCCAGAAGAACGUUAUCAUUAAGAAAAACUGUCGUGAUAGCUGUCUCUAGUGCCUCAUGUUUAGCGACGUCAGAAUACUAAUUAUAUAUUAUUUUAUAGUCCAGUUUUAUCCUCUAGACUUGUGUCGUCUAAAAUAUGUCAUUCCCUCCACAUCCCGUCCGUUUAAAACUUAAAACUUGAGAACCAAAGCCUGUAGAAGAACCUGUUUAUAGGUUGCUCUAUGGACGCCAGGUUAGUGCACUUCGUCGUCACGUUCGACGUUCAAUAUGUCUAAUUUUACCACAUCACUCACUGUUGUAUUAGGGAAACGUCAAAUUAUCGCAGCGCCCCAACAAAUUUCUUAGGUUUGGCAUUAAUGACUGCUGUACAUAUGUACCAGUUGAAGGUAGAAAUUCAACGUUCCCUUUAACAGUGUACUCGUGUUUUCUUUCAAGCGUUUCUCUAAAGAGUUGUUUACUCGUGAAAUUCUCGAAAUAACUUUCACCAGAAAGCAGGAUGCCCGUCGAGAACCGGGACGACCAACAAUUUCUAUGUCCGUUGUGCCAGCGGCAGUUCACGGAUCCGAAAGUUUUGCCGUGCCUGCACACCUUUUGCACCGCCUGCCUGCACAAGUUAGAGUCGAACCGAGGUCUGUCAUCGUGGGAUGGCGAGUGUGCUACCCGAUCCGAGGGCGAGUUGGAAUUUGUGCGGCUGGCACACAACGGAACAGGGGCUGAGGUGAAUGGAAGUUCCACGGGAUCUGGAUCUGGUUGUUCCGGAGGGUCAGGAUAUGAGAGUGAAGGACACUCAGACUCUGGCAGCUGGGCAUUCAGGAACAAAGCUUACAGUCUGCUGGCCUGCCCCACAUGUGGCACUAAGAACAAACUACCUCCUGGAGGGGUUGCAGUCCUUCCACCCCACUACAUGCUACAGCACCGCAUGGUCCUUGCAUCUCUCAAUCAGGAAAGCACCUGCCUACUCUGUGACUUGUGCUCCACUGACAUUCCAGCUACCAGCCGUUGCACAGAUUGUCUCCUGAGUCUGUGUACAUUCUGCUGUGAAGCACACCAACGACAACGUGUAACAGCAGGUCAUGAGGUGUUAGCCCUUCAUGAGGCCCGUCAGCGAGGCAUUACAAGGGUUCGUCGGCAAGCUAUGUGUCCAGCUCACCCAGAACUAGAACUGCAGCUGUUUUGCACAUCAUGUGGUCAGGUGGCAUGCCGUGAGUGCUGCUUGUUAAUCCAUCAUGGCCAUGCCUGUGAUACUGCAGCUCAAGCUGUUCAGAUGUACACUCACAGCAUGAAAGAUGCUCUAGAAAGUGCUCGUCCAAUUGCUGAAGAGGUUGUAGUAAGCCUGGGUAGACUACAACACCUGAGUAAAAGAAUACAGAUGCGAUGUAGCCAGGUGCAUGAGGAAGUGGACCAGUUUAUUGACUCAUACAUUUCUGCUCUUGAGGAGCAUCGAAGAACUCUUCAAGUACAGGUGCAAGAGGCUCAUGAGGCGAAGCUUCAUAUGAUCCAUGCACAACAGCUGGAGCUGGAAAGACAUGCAAAAGACUCUCAGAAUGCAGUUUCAUUUGCAGAGGAUCUCUUGGCAGAGAGCUCUGACAUUGAGCUGUUGAGUCUGGUGGUGCCAGUACUGCACCGACUGGAGUGGUGUUGCACUGCAAUUGGUUCCAGUUUGAUGGAACCCCGUGUGUCAGAGUGUCUGCGGUUCCUCCCUAAUGAGACUGCAGAGAAGAUUAAGGGCCAUGCUCUGUUUGGCAUCAUCACAACUCAGGUCAUUUCCCAUCAGCACUGCACUCUUAAUGUGAACAGUCUGAUGGAUGUCUGUCAACAUCAGAAAGCAGAGUCAGUGAUGGUGACACGAGAUGCUGAUGAUCAACCCUUAUGCCAUGGAGGGGAGAAGGUUGUGGCUGAAGUAUGGCACAGGGAUGCCAGCUGCAGGAAGAUUCCAGUGCAAGUGACAGAUCAGCAAGAUGGAACAUACCUGAUCUCAUUUGUGCCUGACACUUCAGGAAACCUAAGCCUAUCUGUAUCAGUACAAGGAAAGCCAAUUCAGGGUAGUCCGUUCCACAUGUGUGUGCGUAGCAUGCAUCCACACCAGGGUACAUUCCACUGCUGCAGCUUCUGUUCCAGUGGAGGCAAUAAAGAAGCUACAUGUGGUUGUGGAGGCAAGAUGCCAGGUGGUUAUCGAGGCUGUGGUCAUGGACAUACUGGCCACCCUGGUCGGCGUCACUGGUCAUGCUGUGGCAACAUUCUCCAAAACUCAGAGUGUGGUCGUCCUAAUUCAUCAGUGUAUCAGUUCACUCUUUGAUGAGCUAUAUUGGUGACCCUGCUCUUGAUCAUUUAAUUCCUGUUAUUCACCCACUACAGAGGAGUACCUGCAUUUCUGCAUCCCUCCAUCAAGCAAUCAUAACAGGAGAUUAGUUUACUGAGAUCAUUAUCUUAACCUUGUCUCAAUACUACUCACACUUGAAUCCAAGAUUUUAUGCUACUACUUUUUAAAAUAAGUUAUUUUACAUUAUUUAUUAUUAUGAUGAUGCAGGAAUUGUGUAAAUUUGUGAAAGGAACUCUCAUCACAUAUUGUAUGAUAUAAUCAAGUGUUAGGAAUUUCAUUAACUCUUCUCCAGAUAUCACCAGGAAACAGGAAGCAAGCAUGAAUUAAUUUAAAAGCUAAGAUCCUCUAUGAAUGGUAAUUCACAUAGAAACACCUAGUCAUUUAGGUUGGGAGAGGGUGGUUGUUUGCUGAUUAAAAUAUCUGCAUUACAUUCAGUCAUAAGCAUAUCUACAAAUGAAGCUUGUACAGAAAAACAUGUCAGUUUGGCUAAUUGUAUGGUUAUUUUACAGUACUGUAAGAACUGUUGGGGUUAUGUCACUUCGAAUAUGAUAAUUAAUCAGGUGAUAUAGUUUGCUAAAGAAACAGAAACACCUGCAAAGCUUCAUGCUGUUUAGCAUGAUCUUCACACUUUAUUCUUGGCACUAUAGGCUUCAUUUUACUGUGUUAUGAUUAAUGCUGAUAACAAUUAUUGUUCCUAUGAAGGUGAAUUUGAUGGAAGGAAGAGAUAUCCAGCCUGUAGUGCACAUGUGUUUUGUUCAUAGGCAGCAGUAUGUAGUUUUCUGCUACAUUGUGAAUGUUUAUAUUUCAAAUAUAUUUAUAUAUUUGGUAACAUUAAACUCUUAUGUAAUAUAA